AUGGCUCCGCGGGACACCUUCUUCCGCUCGGCGAAUAUGAGCUUGACCCAGCUCUACAUCGCCAACGAGAUCGGGAGAGAGGUUGUCAGUGCCCUGGGUGAAGUGGGCCAGGUGCAAUUCAGAGAUCUGAACCCGGAUACCAACGCCUUCCAACGAACUUUCACUAAAGAGAUUCGCCGCCUGGACAAUGUUGACAGACAACUCCGCUAUUUUCACUCUCAAAUGGAGAAGGCGGGUAUCCCGAUGAGAUCCUCGUCUGAAUUUGGGGACACGUUGGCUGCGCCGUUGGCUUCGGAGAUUGACGAGCUGGCUGAACGGAGUGAGAGCCUGGAACAUCGGAUCGCUUCUCUGAAUGACAGCUACGAGACCCUGAAAAAGCGCGAGGUCGAAUUCAGCGAAUGGCGCUGGGUGUUGCGGGAGACCGGUGGAUUCUUUGAUCGGGCCCAUACCCAUACCGAAGAUAUCCGCCAAUCCUUCGACAACGACGAAGCGCCGCUCCUCCGAGAUGUUGAGCAGCAUGCUCCUCGUGAUGCGAAUGGCGGCAUGCAGGGUCAGCAGAGCUUUUCUGAGAUGAACAUCGGCUUCGUUGCUGGUGUCAUCCCCCGGGAUCGGAUCGGGGCUUUUGAACGCAUUCUCUGGCGGACGCUGCGUGGCAAUCUCUAUAUGAACCAGUCGGAGAUUUCGGAGCCUAUUAUCGACCCGACGACCAACGAAGAAAUCCACAAGAAUGUUUUCGUGGUUUUCGCCCAUGGAAAGACCAUCCUUUCCAAGAUCAGAAAGAUCUCGGAGUCGCUCAACGCUUCUCUGUACGGUGUCGAUGAGAACAGCGAGUUGAGACGGGAUCAGAUCCACGAGGUGAACACGCGGCUGAGCGACGUGGGCAAUGUGCUGCGGAACACCAAGCAGACUCUGGAUGCGGAGCUCUCGCAGAUUGCGCGCUCGCUCGCGGCGUGGAUGAUCAUCGUGAAGAAGGAGAAGGCGGUUUACGAUACUUUGAACAAAUUCUCCUAUGACCAGGCGCGAAAGACGCUGAUUGCCGAGGCGUGGUGCCCGACCAAUUCCCUUGCGUCGAUCAAAUCUACCCUUCAGGAUGUCAACGACCGUGCUGGUCUCACGGUCCCCACCAUCGUGAAUCAGAUCCAGACCAACAAGACCCCUCCGACUUACGUUCGCACCAACAAGUUCACGGAAGCUUUCCAGACCAUUGUGAAUGCGUACGGUAUCCCGAAGUACUCCGAAGUCAACCCUGCGCUGUACACAGUUGUCACUUUCCCCUUCAUGUUCGCUGUCAUGUUCGGUGAUUUUGGACACGGUGCUCUGAUGACCAUGGCUGCAGUGGCAAUGAUCUUCUGGGAGAAGAAGUUGCUGCGGACUAAACUGGACGAGCUGUCUUACAUGGCAUUCUACGGCCGAUAUGUUAUGCUGAUGAUGGGUCUGUUCUCGAUGUACACUGGGUUCAUCUACAACGACAUCUUUUCCAAGCCCUUCACCAUCUUCCCUAGUCAGUGGCAAUGGCCCGACAGCAUUCAAGAGGGCAAGUCUGUUGAGGCGUCAUUGAAAAGUGGUUAUCGCUACCCGAUCGGGUUGGAUUGGAAUUGGCACGGGGCCGAGAACUCUUUGCUCUUCUCUAACAGCAUGAAGAUGAAGAUGAGUAUUCUGCUUGGCUGGGCUCAUAUGACCUACGCUCUUUGCCUACAGUAUAUCAACGCCCGCCAUUUCAAGUCCAAGGUCGAUAUCUUGGGCAACUUCAUCCCAUCGAUGCUUUUCUUCCAUUCUAUCUUUGGCUACCUCGUGAUCACCAUUCUGUACAAGUGGUUUGUCGACUGGCAGGCCAAGGGAACGGACCCUCCCAAUCUCCUUAACAUGCUGAUUUUCAUGUUCCUGAGCCCCGGUAAAGUCGAGCAGCCGCUCUACUCGGGCCAGAGCACUGUCCAAGUGCUCUUGCUUCUCAUCGCUGUUGUUCAGGUGCCUAUCAUGCUGUUUUUCAAACCCUUCUACCUUCGCUGGGAGCACAACCGCGCCCGGGCCCUGGGUUACCGGGGUCUCGCAGAGCCGUCCCGGGUGACUGCGCUGGAAGAUGACGCAGACAUGGACGGCGGCUUCGCGGGAGCACGCGACAGUCUGGCCAGUGAUGGUGAGGGUGUGGCCAUGAUCGCACAGGACCUUGGCGAAAGUGAGGAGCACGAGGAGUUCGACUUUGGCGAGGUCAUGAUCCACCAGGUCAUCCACACCAUCGAAUUCUGUUUGAACUGUAUCUCGCACACCGCCUCCUACCUCCGUCUGUGGGCUCUCUCGCUGGCUCACCAGCAACUCUCUAUCGUUCUCUGGAAGAUGACGAUUGGCGGUGCCUUUGAGCAGGAGAGCCCCACGACCCGGGUUAUCAUGAUUGUUGUUACGUUUUAUGCCUGGUUCGUCCUCAGCGUCGGCGUGCUCGUGGUCAUGGAAGGCACCAGUGCCCUGCUGCACUCUCUCCGUCUGCACUGGGUUGAGGCGAUGAGCAAGCAUUUCAUUGGCGAGGGUAUUCCCUUCUUGCCCUUCAGCUUCAAGACCCUGUUGGAGGAAGAUCCGGUCGACUAG